AUGCUUCAAAUUCCUUUCUUUUCAAGACCCAUUUGCUUGUUUUGCAUGCUUGAUUGUAAAAUUGAUGUCCUUUUAGGGAAGAUGGAGAUCGAUCAAGCAAUCAGAGGGAGCGAUGACAUGAGGCUCAAGACCAAGUAUAACAACGCCAUCUAUGUUAUUCAAAGAGCUCUGGCUCUAUACUCGAUCGAAGAGGUCGCGUUAAGCUUCAAUGGAGGGAAAGAUUCAACUGUUUUGUUGCACCUACUUAGGGCUGGCUACUUCUUACAUAAGGGUGAACAAAGUUGUUCAAAUGGGGGAUUGACUAGUUUCCCAUUGAGAACAAUAUAUUUUGAGAGUCCUUCAGCUUUUCCAGAAAUUAACACGUUCACCUAUGACGCAGCUUCAAGAUAUGGCUUGCAACUUGAUAUCAUACGCUCAGAUUUCAAGUCUGGGUUGGAAAAUCUCUUUAAAGCAAAUCCAAUUCGAGCAAUUUUCCUUGGUGUCCGAAUUGGUGAUCCAACUGCGGUCGGACAAGAACAGUUCUCCCCCAGUUCACCUGGAUGGCCCCCUUUUAUGCGAGUUAAUCCUAUCUUGGAUUGGUCUUACAGGGAUGUUUGGGCAUUUCUUUUGACAUGCAAGGUCCAGUAUUGCAGUCUUUACGACCAAGGGUAUACUUCAAUUGGAAGCAUACAUGAUACAACUCCAAACUCGUUGCUUUGUAUCAGCGACUCUUCCGGACAUAAGGAAAAAUUCAAACCUGCAUAUUUGCUUUCUGAUGGAAGAUCAGAAAGAGCAGGAAGGGUGAAGAAAUGUUCUCCUAUAUCCCAACAUUCUCCAGUUGCCGAAGAUGGCCUGGAUGAUCAAGAGUCCCAAGUAAAGAGAAUGCGCACAGGAUCGGCUAUUGCCGUAGGGGAUGAGAUUCUAUCUGGUGCUGUUCAGGAUGAAUUGGGACCUUUGCUGUGCCGAAAGCUCCGUUCAAUUGGUUGGUCAGUAUCACAAACGACUGUAGUUCGGAAUGAUAUUGAUUCUGUUGCUGAAGAAGUUGAAAGGCAGAAAUCUUCAAAUGACCUGAUAUUCAUAUAUGGUGGUGUGGGCCCCUUGCAUUCUGAUGUUACCUCAGCAGGUGUUGCCAAGGCUUUUGGGGUCCGCCUGGCUCCUGACGAAGAGUUUGAAGAGUACCUAAGGCAUGUAAUAGGCAAACAUUUCACUGGUGACCGCAAUGAGAUGGCUCUGUUGCCUGAAGGAAUCACUGAACUAUUGCACCAUGAAAACCUGUCGGUGCCUUUGAUCAAGUGUCAGAAUGUAGUCCUGCUGACUGCAACCAAUCCAACCGAGCUGGAAAAGGAAUGGGAGUGUUUGGUUGAUUUCACAAAGUCUGUAUUGAUAUUGAUGGAACCAUAUGAAUCAAAGAGCUUAACCACCCAUCUUUCAGAUGUCGAAAUUGCCCAAUCAUUAUCGAAACUUUGCAUGCAGUACCCAGAUCUGAAUAUUGUGUGUCAUCGAAAGUCCAGAGCAGGCCCCCUUGUGAUCAGCUUUGAAGGCAAGGAGGAAGCAAGGAUUGAAUCAGCAGCACAGGCAUUGUGCAAGAAGUUCCAGGAUGGAGUUUUCUCUGAAACCUAA